AUGUCCUACCUUCACCUCCACCUCAGCUGGGAACCAAACGGGGCGAUUGACACCAUUCACACCCAACACAUUCAUCUUACCUCCCUCAGCCUCAUGCGCUACUCGGACUACCAGAGCUUGCUCCUCGACAGGCUGCGGAGACGGGGGUUCUCCAUCGAGGAGAUACGCAAGCUCCCGUGUCUGGCCAUGCUCGACUACGAGAAGCGGCAUAACAUCAUCUCCUGCUUCCACGAGAGCCUCUGCGAACCCUUCAAAGCGGUGUGCGCGUGCGACGACCUCUUACACCUCCGCGGCACAGCUGGAGGUGAGACGCCCACCACCCUCCUCCUGGAGUGGUCGAACACAUGUGCUCGUUACGUUGAGCGCGCAGCUCCGCAACAGCCCAGACCCCAGGCGUUGUCCAAGGAGGCGGAAAAUGAGUCGGAGCCCGAGGAAAACGGAAACUCGAGCUGUGUCAUCUGCUGGGACAAGGCGCGCAACCAAAUGCCAUACAUCUGCCAACAUAUUGUCAUGUGUGAAGAGUGCGUGACGAGGGUGGUGGACCCAAUAAAGUUAACCGGAUGUCCAAUCUGUGGGAACAUGGAAGAGCGCCGCGCCGGGCCAAACCUCACUGCGUCCCACCUCCAAAUCGAAGUCGACAGGGCCGCUGCAGUAGCUGAAGCUCUCUCCCGCGCGGCGGCCAUCGAGGCCGAGCGCAUCGUUGACGCAGUGGACGCAGCUGAGGCCAUCCAUGCUGCCGCCCUCGUCGAAGCCACCCAAAGGGCUGAGCGGUCAUGCUGUCUGACGCAUCAGGCGGCCUUGGAAGAUGCGGUGACCCAGGCGUUCGCUCUCGUGGAAUCGGUUGUGGAAACAGCCGUUGCGGAGGCGGUCGCUGAGGCUAUUGCCAAGGAACGGGCAGAGGCAAGGGAACGAGCGGACGCAACCGAAUACGGUGGUAUCUGUGUCGUAUGUCGUGAUGAGCUGGUCAACCAGAUGCCCUUCAAGUGCCCUCACAUCCUCUUGUGUCACGACUGCGCCCUACGUGUCGUCGAAUCCAGGAGGGGAUGCCCGUGGUGUAAGGUCACGGACGUGCAUCCCGCGGCCAAGUGGCGAGUGUACCUGCCAUGA